AUGGCUCAAGCUAUUCGUCCAUUUCCUCCAUCAAUGCCCUAUGGAAUCAACAUGGGUCCAGCAUUACCACCACAUCCUCAAUCAUACCAAUUUCAGCCACCGGCUCCGUUGUCAUACGAUGCACACUCACGUCAAUCGCUGUUUGUGUAUGGCGCUAAUACAUCGAUGCAACCAAUGUUCCCGCAGCCAUCACAUGUUGAACACGCCAGUGCGGCGGCUGCGGCGUCUACUCCAUACUAUUAUCCCCAGCACCUGCAGCCGCAGUACAUUGCAACAUACUAUCAAACCGAUGAGCGCCCUAUACGAAGAAAGUCAAAGUCCAAGCAAUCACUUUCGUGGACACCUCAAGAAGACAAACUUCUAUUAGAACUUAAAGAUGUGCACAAACUUGGGUGGAGGGAGAUUCUGAAUCAUUUCAAAGACAGAACUGCCAAUGCAUGCCAAUUUCGAUGGAGACGGAUUGUAAGUGGAAUCACGCCUAAUACUUCACCAGCCAAACGCCACUCAAUUAAUUAUCUCCUUAACUAG